GAGGGCGCGAUGGCCGGGUCCGCGCCGGGGGUGGUCUGGCGGCGGCUGAGCCGGCGCGCCGGGACCGCGGCGCCCGUCCUCCUGCGGCAGAUGUUUGAGCCCAAAAGCUGCACCUACACUUACCUGCUGGGCGACAGGGAGUCCCGGGAGGCCCUUCUGAUCGACCCGGUCCUGGAGACAGCGGCCCGGGAUGCCCGGCUGGUCAAGGAGCUGGGGCUGCGGCUGCUGUACGCCGUGAACACCCACUGCCACGCAGACCACAUUACUGGCUCAGGGCUGCUCCGCUCCCUGCUCCCCGGCUGCCAGUCUGUCAUCUCCCGCCUUAGUGGGGCCCAGGCGGACUUGCACCUUGAGGAUGGAGACUCCAUCCGCUUCGGGCGCUUCGCCUUGGAAACUCGGGCCAGCCCUGGCCACACCCCAGGCUGUGUCACCUUUGUCCUGAAUGACCACAGCAUGGCCUUCACUGGAGAUGCCCUGCUGAUCCGAGGGUGUGGACGGACAGACUUCCAGCAAGGCUGUGCUAAGACCUUGUACCACUCGGUUCACGAAAAGAUCUUCACGCUUCCAGGCGACUGUCUGAUCUACCCUGCUCAUGAUUACCAUGGGCUCACAGUGUCCACUGUGGAGGAGGAGCGGACUCUGAACCCUCGGCUCACCCUCAGCUGCGAGGAGUUUGUGAAAGUCAUGGACAACCUGAACUUGCCCAAACCUUUGCAGAUAGACAUUGCCGUUCCAGCCAACAUGCGCUGUGGGGUCCAGACCCCUCCUUCCUGACCUGCCUCUGUCAGGUGCUCAUAUCCAUGAAGAAUGCACUAGGUGGGGCGAGGGGAGAGGUGUCACCAUCCUGCAUCUCCUCUCUCACCCCACCCCCAAACCAGCCCCUGGAGCUUCUGAAAUAAAACUUUUUUUGUUGCCAUAAA